AUGGCGAGCGCGGCAGCCUACAGUGGGUACUACCAGGAGCCAUCCGCGGCAUUUGCGACCAAUCUCCCACAAAGUGCAUUGCCAUACCAGUCCGAGUACGCACAAGACGGGCGGCAAACACAAGGCUUUGGAACCUACAACCCAUCCAUGAUGUACAACGUCCCGCAAUCAAAUGCACAAGGAGCCGUUUACGAUGCAAGCCAGCCAUUCCAGCCGCGGCAGGGUGCAGGUAUACCCAUGAUGGGUGCCGAGGUCGCGACGUCGUACUUUCCGAACGAGGCGGCUGGGCCAGGUGCGGGGCCUUCCGGGAUUCAGGCGCAGCAGUCUUCAGCAGGUGCUUCCAACAUAUAUCAGCAAGGUUCUGGAGACCAGCGAUCUCUGAUGCCAGGCUACCCUUCUGGCAUGGCGUCGAUGGGGGGAAUGGCCCAGGGCUCCGCGGGGGACCAGUCACUGGAGGAACAGGACUAUUCUGGCUCGGCAGAGAUGGGCGAGGCCUACGAACAGUAUCAGACUGCCCUCAAGGAGAUUUUCACCAACGUCCAGCGUGAAAACUUAAAAGCGGCAAGCGAGUCUCUACUCAAUGUCUCGGACUGGCUGCUGACCAAAGUCAUUGAGCUUGGACUCGCUUCAGACAAUCAGUCGUUGCACAAUGACAGGAUAAAGCUUUGGCACGAAUUCAACCAUGCCUGGCUUGCCCUUUUACAAAAACAAAAAGAUAUGACGAAGGCCGACGAUACAUUGCAGCAAGAACAGUCCAAACUGACGGUCGAUGGGCUGAAGCGUAUGGGUAGAGAGCUUAUUCGACUGUGCGAUGGCAUAGAACGACACGGCCUUGUUGACUAUGAAUAUGGAGUAUGGGAGGAUAGGAUUGUCGAGGCCCUCGAAGAUUGCCUCGACUUACUUGAGGGCGACGUUGAGGACGCCGAUCCAGGCGCCUCGCCUACACAAGCAACCCGCUGA